GCCACACCUUAGGAGGAAUGUCGACUACGGAGGUGACUUCGCUUUCCUCAGAACUACCCUCCUGUGCCGCAGGAUUCACCUGGGUCAUUUUGAUGAACACCUGCCUGCCGGACAUGGCACGCUCGAGGCUAAGGACAAAGUGCGCGUACGGGUACUACUACCACGAGAGAUUCCAAAAGUGCAUGCGACGGAGGUACGAUAAGGUGCAGCAGCCCGGGCACAUAAGGCAGUGGAUGACUCGAACGCCGAAGCCAAGGCGAACAACGAGAAAAGGUCGAUUAAACAGGGUAUCUCCCUUCGAUGACAAUUGGUGGGGCUACAACGCUAGGUACGGAAAGGAUCAGCCCUACCCUGGGAAAAAGUAGUUGGCCUUCUGUAUAUACCAAAUAUUUUUGAAUAAAAAACAUACAAUAAA